GAAUUAAACCAAAAAAUUAAAUGGGACAAAAGCAAAGCACUCGAUCUAUGCUCAAACCGGGUGACCAUAUUUUUACUAACAGGGCGGGGGAUCUCUACUACCAUCAUGGAAUAUAUGUGGGCGACGACUUGGUGAUUCAUCUUAUGGCAGCUGGAAUUAAAAAGAAAAACAGUAAAUGUGGUUCAUGUACCAAAUGUGGCUACAAUGGCAGAGGAAAUGGAGUAGUGAAAACUUGCCUUGACUGUUUCCUUGAUGGCAAAAAUUUGUAUAUCUUUGAAUAUGGUAUCCCUUGUAAGUCGCCCGAUGAAGUUAUCAAGAUCGCUACUGAGUUUCUCCAGGGAGAAAGAGAUUUUGGUACAUACAACUUUGUAUCUAACAAUUGCGAGGAUUUUGCAUCCUAUUGUAAAACAGGUCAGCGUUUAUGUUCUCAAAGAGAAUCGUUCAUCCGUGUCGUUACAAGGUUAAUUUAAUCUUAGGGAUUGUCUAAUUAAAUGCAGGGCCAAUGGCUGCUUGUCA